AUGUCAGAUUCAGAGGAUGAGAAGAAACCGAACCAAGAACAGACGAAAAGCUUGAGGAAUAGCAAGAGCAUCACUAUAGCAUUCAAGUUGAAUGGGAAAAACUACCCUUUAUGGUCGAGACUGAUCAAAGUAAAGAUCGGCGGCCGAGGGGCGUAUUCUUACAUCAAAAACGAUCCCCCAGAACCGGGGAGCAAGGGAUUCGACGAGUGGGAGGAGAACGACCUAGUAGUGUUCUCAUGGAUCGUGGACAACAUCGAGAAUGACAUCAUCUCGGAUUUUGCCCAUCACCAAACAUCGAAGGCGCUGUGGGAGAGCCUCGCUGUGACUUUCGAAAACAUGGCGGAUAAAUACCUUAUCUACGAUCUGGAAGAAAAGGUAAUCGCAAUUAAACAGGGAAAUCUCGAUUUAGAAACGUAUUACCGAAAGCUCCACGGAUUAUGGGUGGACAUUGAUCGUUCCCAAAAGCAGCCCGUAACUUGCUGCGACAAAGGAGUCAGCCAAUACAGAGUGCACUCGAAUGAGAAGCGAUUAAUCAAGUUCCUUACGGGACUAAACCAAGAGUACGACUCUGUCCGGAGAGAGAUCUUGAAAGAAGACCCAUACCCAUCAGUAGCGGCAGCCUAUGGGUGGGUGAAGACGGAGGCGGCUCGACGUCGAAUCAUGCCACCGACAUCGUCGACACCCACUGGAGAAGCCGACGGCAGCGCCGAUUCAUCAUUUGGGGGUGAAAUCGGACAUGGAUUCGCGGCUAUCGGACAGAACUCAAUCGGACAGAGUCAGCGACCACCAAACCGCGGCACACCACCGAAUCGCGGCGCACCACCGCGCCCCCCCGCCACCAACCGAUCGGGAGGCCAACGACCCGACACCUCAAAAUUGUGGUGCUCCCACUGUGGGAAACAGAAGCAUACAUGGGAGAAUUGCUUCAAAAGACUGGGAUACCCGGAGUGGUGGGAAGAGCGACAAAAGGCGAGGGCCGCUCAGGCCAAGCUCGCCGUUGCAGUAAACGGAGAGGGAGCACAGUGGAGGAAUGACACCGGAAAUCAUGGGAAUCAGACUACAAUCGGGAUGGGUACGCAUCAGGAGAACCCCCCAAACGGUGGCAACGUGAGGGGAGCAGGCAAUUUCGCCGGAAGAGUGAAAUCGCCAGAGGAGACGGCGGGAGGAGGUAACGGGUUUGGCACAAUGCCAAACCCUAACUCACUUUCCUUUUUUAAUUCUGUGAUGAUACCCCCAAAUUUUAGAAAAUAUCAACAUAAACCCCACCCCAUUAUUUUUCGACCCCCUGAUCCCUUAAAAAUUGAGAUUCAGCCUCCUGAUCCUCUGGAAAUUGAAUUUAGACCCCAUACAGUUCAGAAAUUCCCCAAUUACCCCAAUUUUGUGUCAAAUAAUCGGUUUGCACCCCUACUAGAAACUUCCGCUGCAUUUCACGUAUAUGAUAUAUUUGAUAAACACUCUAAGGGCUGGAUAUUUGAUUGUGGGGCAACUGAUACCAUGACUCCGGAUAGACGUGAUUUUCUUAUUUUUGAUGGAAGCACUAAAUCCUUUAUUAGAACUGCAAAUGGGGAAUUAAUUACGGUUGAAGGAUCUGGCACAAUUGAAAUAUCUCCUACACUCAGACUUAGGAAUUGUUUAUAUGUUCCUACUUUAUCUCAAAGAUUGAUGUCUAUUAGCCAUGUGACCAAGGAAUUAAACUGCACACUUAUGAUGAAUCCCGACUUUUGUAUUUUACAGGAUAUUCAGACGAGGAGGAUUCUUGGGCGUGGCACUGAAAGCAAGGGCUUUACUAUGUGGACGAGAUAG